UUGUCACCAUGACAGUAACUCGAGUCAAUCGAGUAAAUCGACAGGAAUCAUUACUAUUACCGCAAAGGUAUGUAUGAAUGAGAAUGACAUCUCGCGCUUGCAUAAGCUCGGCAUUACGGCACAACAACCGUUCUUAGUGCAAAGCUCACCUGGGCAGUUCUCGGCAAAGACAUGCCGAACAAGAGCAGGAAACCGGGAGCUUCGACAAUAGUCCACUUCAGGUCGUUCUGCAGACGGAACUUACCACAAAGGGGUUGGUUGGUUGGCUGCCAAGAUCGGCGAUCUGAAAUCUCUCAUUCCUUCAUUCAUUCAUUCAUCAACAAUUACAGCAAGAUUAACCAUUUUCUUGGAUUCAUUGUCUGUCUGUCUGUCUGUCUGUUGCAUCUUUACUGUCUACUGUACACUGCACCUACAGGACUCGGUUGAAGUGUCGCCCAGAUUAUCAUUAUCCUCCGGAAAA